UGCUGUACAUAUUUAAGUUAAUGUCUCCACUAGUCUGGUUUGCCAGUAUCUGCUGUGCAUCUAUAUAUGACAGCGAGCCAAUAUUCACCAUCAAAUGGUUCAACUCAAGAGAUUCGUUUUUGGACAGUUAUUUUUUUGAAGAAGAAAUUAAUCAGCUCCCCAAGCAUCUGAAGGAAGUUCUUUCCGAAGAUUCGGUAGAUGACAACCCUGAAUCAAAAGCAAAUGUCUUGAAGUUUUUUAACAGUUUCGAAAUGAAAGCAAAAAAUGACGGGAACUACAAAUGUUAUUUACCAAAUGAUGGAACAAUGGACCAAUCAGAAAAUACAGAAUAUGAGGGUCCGGGUCCAAUAGAACUUAUCGAGGAGAUAUUUCUAUCUGAAGCCUGUUCCUAUCUAAUCAGCGCUUAUUGGAUAUAUCAAUUGUGUCAUGGCAAAACUUUUCGUCAGUACCACGAAGAGAAACCUAGUCAGGUCCAGGAGUAUUUCUUGGGAGCUUUGGAAGGUUUGUGGCAAGGCCAGCAAUAUACGGAUGAGCAUUAUGGAAAAAGAUGGCCUGAAAGUUUGCUGAAAACUCUUCAGUUGGAGGACUCAACGCAUCAUUACGUUGAGGUUUUGAUGUCAGAUGGGACCCCCUGUGACAUCAAGAACAAUGAACCAAGGAGCGUUAAUGUCCGCUAUGUUUGCCUACCUGGAGCGAGACUGGAGCUGAUAGAUAUCCGUGAGGUCGCAUCUUGUACGUACGAGGCAACAGUCACUGCCCAAUCAUUGUGUAGACACCCCGACUUUGCCCCAAUAGGCCGCGAGGAGACCAGGUUGUACUGCGUAGCCGAAGACAAGAACAAACUUGUGAAACUGCCCACGACCUCUUCGCACAGCUUCAAAAUAAUUAUGGGAGACGAAGUACAUCAAGAGCCUUUCCCAAGUGCAUUUAAACCCAAAGUUUCUAUCGAAUCCAAAGUUGCUCAGCAACUGAGAACGGUUGCAGCAGACGACGUGGAAGUUGAAGAAGAGGAGGAAGAGGCCGAUGAUGAUGAUUCCUAUCGAAAAGCGAUAGCUUCAACUGUUUUCAAAUCCAAAGAUGGAGCAAUGUUGAAGCGUAAAGAUCAUAACGUCGGUCUGCCCCCGCUAUUUGACGAAGAUGUGCAUGACGUCACCAUUUCGAGACAACUGAGGCAGUUCGUCGAUGCCACUGAGUGUGUGAAGGGGGGUAGGGGUUGGUGGAAGCACGAAUUCUGCUAUCAACAACAUAUCUAUCAUUUGCAUUAUGAGACAAACCCUCAAACUAAACAAUCUUAUGUGCAAAAACGAAUUGUCCUUGGGAUGUGGAGCAAAGAUGAACAUAUCAAAUGGACGAAAGGGCAGCCGAAAGAAGCAUAUCGCAAUCUUGACGCGAAAAAAUCAACAGUUACUCUAUAUUACGGACAAGGCGAUAUAUGCCACGAAAACAAUGAUUAUAGACAUACGUUGGUAAAAUUGAGAUGUUCGCCUAGUACCAAAAGCACAGCUAGUAUUUCAGUAUCAUUGACUGAACCAAAACUAUGCAGUUAUAUUAUGACAGUCGAUUCAGGUAUGUUUUGUGAUCUUUUGAAACAUGUAGAUGAAUAUGGAAUUCCAAUUAGAGGCCAGUAAGUCGACCAUUUUUGCUGUUUAAUGCUUGUAAUUUCAAAUCAGUUUGCACUGGUAAAACAAAUAACGCCGGAAAACAGAAACAGAUUAAGAUUAUUAUGUGCACUUACAGUUAUACUGUUUUAUAAGAUGAAUCGAUGCUUUUCAAUACAAAAACUGCCAAAUUCAGGCACCUCUUAAUGUUUGGCAUUGUUUAAAGAAGAGCUAAUACAUCUCACCAAUUCAGAAAUAAGCAAAAGUUUUGGUAACUAUAAGUAACAGUAGUUAUAAGUAAGUAAAAACAAAUUCCUGGGUAGGAAUUAUUUCGAAAUUUAUAGCCGGUUAUCGAUUCAGAAACAUCUUAAUAUGAAUUUCGAUAUUUUUCCCACCUUUAAACCUGUGGAGCCUCCCAUUUCAGUACUAUUCUAGGACAUCUAAUUUUUACUCACAGACUCUUAAAUUGUUGUAAAGGCGCUAGUAGUAUUGUUAUUUCACACUAGGAUGGGGGGAGCGGGUGAUCACCCGUAGGGGUCAUUGGGUUUAGUGCAUCAAUAGGAAUCACUAAUGAGCCCAUGUAUAAAAAUUUUUGGCAAUAAUCUCUACUCUAUGUACUUCUAAGGAUCUCAACUAUAAGUUUUUGUGGGAAUGACCCUUAGUUUUUUGCUAUAUAGUUUGCAAAUAAGUGCCAUUUAGCUGUUAACUAUUUAGAGCAAAGAGUGACUCAAAAAAGUGGCAUAUCUCCUAAUCCCGUAAUAGUAUUUAGGGGUAGCAAAAAGUGCCACUAACAUCAAACUUAGGGUUUUGUUGGGAAAGGUACCACACAGUAACAAAUUUGGGGUAAGACUAAAAACCUAAUUAUUAUAAAUUUGGGUGUAAAGAACAAAAAUUGGGCUAUCCUACCUGUGUACCCUAUGUUUAACUUUAGUACCCUAUCCAAGUCGUUUUCUGAAUAGGAUCAUUUUCAAAAAAACGACGCGGAAUUUUAUAUAAUCAGAAAACGGUCGCAGAAAGCGACUUGGGUCUGAGUGUAAUUAGAAACCGAUCCAAAAAACAACUUUUGGUCGAUACCUGUGUUGGACUUGGAAAAUGGCAGAGUUUUUCCAACAAACGACUUAGGGCUAAAAUAACACGUGAAUUGGUCAAAAAAUCAUACGAAAACCGCUAAAAGCUAUGAAAACUGGUCAGAAACCUCAUAAGUUACCAAAACUCUCAGGGAAACCACCAAAAUUUCACAAAAAAAAACACUACAAAUAUGAAAAACAAGUAGCGUGAUAGAAAAUUGGUGGGAAACACCAAAAAAAUGGCCCAAAAAUUCAGGAGAAGCAAAAAAACCGCUAAACUAUAAAAAUUGGUCCAAAACCCUAAAAGAUGCCAGAAAAUCUAUGGAAACUACCAAAAACACCAAAAUAAACGGUCGGAAAAAAAAACAGAAAAUUGGUCAAAGAAUCGUAGAGAAAUCGAUAAAAGCUAUGAAAAUUUGUCUGACACCCAAAAUGAUGCCGAAAAACUCAGGGAUUACCCAGAACUCGAAAAUUGUCAAAACCAACGUGAAGUGGUCAGAAAAAUUUGAGAAAGGAAAAUUAUCAUUAACAGUUCUAAUUACCAAAUGUUGUCAAAAAAACUCGGGAAAUAUAGAAGAAACCUCUUAAAUCAUAUAUAAACUGCUGAAAGCUGUGAAAAAGGGUCUGACACCAAGAAAUUGUCAAAAGUCUGGAAACUACUAAAAACACCAAAAAAAACCAAAAUAGGUAAACUGAAUAGGUCUGGAAAAUAGGUAAAAUAGGUAGCCGAUUACUGUGCAAUUGGCACAAUGUUCCGACCAUAGUCUUAAAAAAAUACAACAAAGUUAUUUCAAAUUUUUGUCGUUUUCUAUAUCGGCGUGGUGUGAUCAAAGGAGCUGAACAAAAAAACUUGAGAUUAAGUGUAUUCGACAGUCAUACUAAAAUAAGCAAAUUGAAAAAAAGUUACUUGAAAGAUGAAAAAAUCAAAUUGUCUGGAAUUAAAGGCAAGUAAUGACACUGUACUACCUCUUUAAGAGCUUAUAUAACCAUAACAAUUCCAAUUUUUUUGUCUCUGGAAAUCUUGUGUUGUGUUUUACAUAAUUCAGCCUAGCAAAAAAUAUAUAUUUGUCAAAUUUGAUUAUUAAUUUUUGGAAUGACGUGAAAUUACUUGAUAAUGAUCUCAGAGGGUCGAUAAUGACUAUAUAUAUAUAUAUCCUCUAUAGGAGCUAAAACAAACACGAAUCGUAUCCACGAAAAAAUUUAUUCUACGACGCAACUAU